AUGAAUGAGCGGAAGACUAUUGAUCUCGAACAAGGGUGGGAGUUUAUGCAGAAGGGCAUUACUAAGCUGAAGAACAUCCUAGAAGGGUUGCCUGAGCCACAGUUCAGCUCCGAGGACUACAUGAUGCUAUACACAACCAUUUACAACAUGUGUGAGGUAGUGGCUCAGAAACUGGGCAUCUUAAAUUCAAUCCGCAUGGUUACUUGUACAUUUGGGUUGGGUGAGCUCAUGCAUUCAUGGGGAUUCAGUUUUGGAUUGGAUUCAAAGGAUAGAGUGAAGUAUGUUGGGAGAAUGAGACAUCUCCUUGUGCACAUUUUGAACAUUGUAUUGCCAUCCCUAAGGGAGAAGCAUGAUGAGUUUAUGUUAAGAGAGCUAGUUAAAAGGUGGGCAAACCAUAAAGUCAUGGUUAGGUGGCUUUCUCGUUUCUUCCAUUACCUUGACCGCUAUUUCAUUGCCCGGAGGUCACUUCCACCACUUAAUGAAGUUGGCCUUACUUGUUUCCGCGAUCUGGUUUACCAGGAGCUGAAUGGGAAAGUGAGGGAUGCUGUAAUUUCUCUGAUUGAUCAAGAGCGUGAAGGAGAGCAGAUUGACCGAGCUUUAUUGAAGAAUGUUUUAGAUAUAUUUGUUGAAAUUGGCAUGGGGCAGAUGGAUUACUAUGAAAACGACUUUGAAGCAGCAAUGCUUAAAGAUACAGCUGCGUAUUAUUCUCGGAAGGCAUCAAACUGGAUCCUAGAGGAUUCUUGUCCAGAUUACAUGUUAAAAGCUGAGGAGUGUCUAAAAAGGGAGAAAGAUAGGGUUUCUCAUUACUUGCAUUCCAGUAGUGAGCCAAAAUUGCUGGAGAAAGUUCAACAUGAGUUGUUGUCAGUAUAUGCCAACCAACUGCUUGAAAAAGAGCACUCUGGAUGCCAUGCAUUGCUUAGAGAUGACAAGGUGGAGGAUUUAUCAAGAAUGUUCAGGCUCUUUUCUAAAAUACCUCGAGGCUUAGAUCCCGUUUCUGGUAUAUUUAAGCAGCAUGUCACUGCAGAAGGCACAGCGUUGGUCAAACAAGCUGAAGAUGCAGCAAGCAACAAGAAGGCAGAUAAAAAAGACGUGGUUGGUUUGCAGGAACAGGUUUUUGUCAGGAAGGUGAUUGAGCUGCAUGAUAAAUAUCUGGCAUAUGUUAACGAUUGUUUCCAGAACCACACUCUCUUCCACAAGGCCCUCAAGGAAGCUUUUGAGGUCUUUUGCAACAAGGGUGUCGCUGGAAGUUCGAGUGCUGAAUUACUAGCAACUUUUUGUGAUAACAUUCUUAAGAAAGGUGGCAGUGAGAAACUGAGUGAUGAGGCCAUUGAGGAAACGCUGGAGAAGGUGGUGAAGCUGCUUGCUUAUAUUAGCGACAAAGACUUGUUUGCUGAAUUUUAUAGGAAAAAGCUUGCUCGAAGGCUUCUUUUUGAUAAGAGUGCCAAUGACGACCAUGAGAGAAGCAUUUUGACAAAGCUGAAACAGCAAUGUGGUGGGCAGUUCACCUCAAAGAUGGAGGGAAUGGUUACAGAUUUGACAUUAGCACGGGAAAACCAAACCAGUUUUGAGGAGUAUCUAAGCAACAACCCAAAUGCAAAUCCAGGGAUUGACUUGACGGUUACUGUUUUGACAACUGGCUUCUGGCCUAGUUACAAGUCUUUUGAUUUGAACCUUCCAGCAGAGAUGGUCAAGUGUGUUGAAGUUUUCAGGGAAUUUUAUCAAAUAAAAACGAAGCACAGGAAACUUACCUGGAUAUACUCUUUGGGUACUUGUAAUCUUAUUGGGAAAUUUGAACCAAAAACCAUGGAGUUGAUUGUGACAACCUAUCAGGCUUCUGCACUAUUGCUUUUUAACUCCUCGGAUAGAUUGAGUUAUUCAGAGAUCAUGACCCAAUUGAACUUGACCGAUGAUGAUGUUGUUAGACUGCUCCACUCUUUGUCAUGCGCAAAGUAUAAGAUUCUAAACAAAGAGCCAAAUACAAAGACAAUAUCUCCUACUGAUCACUUCGAAUUCAACUCCAAAUUUACGGACAAAAUGAGGAGGAUCAAGAUUCCUCUGCCUCCUGUAGAUGAAAAGAAGAAAGUAAUUGAAGAUGUUGAUAAGGAUAGAAGGUAUGCUAUUGAUGCCUCAAUUGUGCGCAUCAUGAAGAGUCGCAAAGUUUUGGGUCACCAGCAAUUGGUUAUGGAGUGUGUUGAGCAGUUGGGCCGCAUGUUCAAGCCUGAUUUCAAGGCAAUUAAAAAACGGAUUGAAGAUCUGAUUACUCGAGACUAUCUUGAAAGGGACAAAGAAAACCCCAAUUUUAAUCUAUCUAUUCAAGCAGUCAAUAGCACCGGCCUUCUCGUGUUAGGAAUUAUGGAAGUUGUUAUCAGUAAGAUUCGAUCCAAUAAAGCGAAUGGAAAGAUUUGCGGUUUUGAUGUCAUGAUUGUUCGGUCCUUUGUUGAAAUCAAAGUUGCCAAAAGCGAGCGCGAAGAAGCUUGCUUGUUGGCUGUUGCUACUUACUCUUAA